UCCAUAAAUUUAGAGGUAAUGGUUUAGUUAAUAAUGUCACUGUCAAAUUGUCAAUACUUACUCGGACGUUCCAAGCUUCCAUUCAUCCCCUUCAUUUCCCUUUUGAAAUCCACCAUGAACAUUAAAGUGUUCUUCAACUUUACAAUUAAUGGCUUUCGAAUAUUCCUUGCUUCUAAUCCACUCUUAUUAUUGCUAUUGGAGAAUACGAAACAAUCAAUGGAGUUCAAAGGUCGGAUUUCGGCGGGCAACAUCAUAACGAGGAUUUUUGCAAUUACUUAACUUUGCAAGCUGCGUUGCUGUUAAAUUGAUCCUUAUGAACCAAUUUGUUAGUGAAUAUGAAAACGAGGUUCAACAAAGUGCUGGGCAGUAUAACACACUAUUGGCUUGUGGGGUGUAUGUUAGGAAAAUGAAUGGUGCGAUUUGUAGGCAAAUUAGAACAAUCAUUGCCCUGGUUAAUAAUCAGGUUUGUCUGUGAUAAUUUUGCCAAGAGGAAGAUGAAGUGGUUUAAUAAUUGUGGACUAUCAAUAAAUCGGGCAUUGUCGACUUCAAAUGCAAUCCGGACAACUAUAGCGAGCUACAAACGAAAAAGAAAAGGAAAGCACUACAUAAUGGUUGGGAGAUUAAUUGAUAUCGAUGUUGAUAGUUUUACAUGUGUUUCUGGAUAUAUGACUAUAUUCGACUCUACCGGUACAAUGCGUGUCAAGCUCUUUACAAAACAGAUUGAGUUUAUACUCCAUUCAACUAAAGCAAAAUUGAAGCACAUGUUUGAUGCGGUGCAUGAUAGAGUUUUGCUACGAUCCGAACUUCUUACACGUGUGCGCAAUGCAUAUAUUUUCGUAUUUCAUCCUCUUCAUCUAUCGGCUUAUAUAGUAGACUAUGUAAUUUAUGUCGACUGGGCAGAAGAAUGUGCAUAUUUAUUUAAAAUGAGGAGCACAUUGAAUGUCCGGCAGCAAUAAAGCAUAAUGAAUCACAUCACUUUUUUAAAAUAUUAGAAUAAAAGACUCCGACGUUUUACCUUAGUAUUGUUUGUCAAUCUCUUUAGUUUAUAAACACCAUGAAGCUCUUACAUUAGUA